UCUUCAUCGCAAAGCAUUCUUUGUGGCCAAAGCAAGAAUGGGCCUCCACCUGAUUAUAUCCGCGAUACUUCUGGCAGCAGCAGUUUUCCUACCCUCAAGUGCAUGGGUGCUCAACACAACAGCGCCCGAAGUCGAAGUUGGAAAAACACAAAAUGUUAAUUUGGAAUGCGUUAAUAACUUUCCAGAGAUGGACAUUUCUGAAAUUCUCUUCAUGAGAAUUCAGAAAAAGCACUCAAACAGAUGGACAACUGUUGCAGAACUUCGCGAUAAUGACACACGAAUCAAACUGAAAUCUGAAAAUAUGUUCGUCGAGGCGACUGAUGACGUUGCAGCUGGUGCAUUUUUGCGGCUUACUUGGCCCGUGGCUACCAACUACACCAUCGGCCAGUACCGCUGUGAUGUCAUUAUCUUGACGUCCCAGGAAACUGUCCAGUACGAUAGAAGCUUGCCCGUUUCCAUCACCUUUAAGAGUGACAUUCAGGUUCUGAGCCAAAUGGUGAUGGAGAACAAAAGGGAGUAUUUUCAACAGCUAAGCUUACAGAAAAAGAACAUAGAAGACUUGAAUGAGGCCGUGCAAAGUAUGCAGCAG